GGAAUGGCGACGGCAACGUUGAGUGACAUUGAUAGACAUUUAACAGCAAAAAUCGACGAGUUGAAGGAUUGCUUGGAGCUGAAAAACAGUGCUUUCAAUGGAUCAGAAAGUCGAGAAAUUUUGACAAACUUACUCAGUGAAGUGGAAAGUAUCGAAGUCUUACUUGAAGAUUUUGAAAGGAAAACGAAAGAAGCUAAGGCGAAACUGCAAGAAGCUAAGGUACUGAGAGACAAGGUGCAGCAUCAGAAUGAGAUGCUGGAGUGUAUAGCAAGUAAUCUACCAUCUCAUCUUCCUGGUGACCAGGCAGUAACAGCAAAGAUGACACAACUCAAUGUGGAUGCAGGAGCUUCUUUGGCAACUGGGACAGAUGUACCGAGUUCGCAGCCAGUUGCAGUGUCAAUUGCAGCUUCUUGUCAAGCACAGAAAGCAAGCAAGAAAGCUAAUCCUAAUGUCCCUAAGAUACCAUACCUGACACUCGAAGAAUUCUCAGAUGUUCCUAAAUAUAUGAAAAAUCGACUGAGUUACGAUCAGAUCAACAUGGCAGUGGAUGAACUGCACAGAAUAAUGAAGGCGAAAUACAAAAUAAUGACGAUGCCAAGAUCGAGUCUCGGAGAGCCAGCAAUGAAGAAAUACAAGGCAUUUAAAAGUCAAGAGAAUGAAGACACUGCAGGACGCUACUUCUUUGUUGACAACGAUAUUAGGAAUUUUGGCCGUGACUUCAAAUUUGACUCAAAUUGUCGUUCUAUUUUGACAAUCCUUCGUCAUUGUGGAAGAUUGAAAGAGUCACGAGGUGGUAGAAUAACUAGGCACAUUGUACUUACAUAGUUAUCAUAGUUACCAUGGAGAUG